CUUUUCAGUAUGCACUCAUUCACUAUGAUGCUCGCCUAGCUGAGAGGAGUUUCUUGUGCCCGGCUCCCCUUGUGUGCGUAAAACUUUCUAAUGAAAUCCCAAAUUUAUUUUUGACCAAUUUAGAAUUCGUUCUACUUAGGGUCAAGAGGGAUUCAAGACACUCAAAGAACUUUCCCUGCAAAAGAAAACUUCAGAAUCAUGGAGCCCAAUUCUACGGCGGGAGGGGCUGAGGAAGAGCACCAUGGAAACUACUCACCAAAUCCAUCUGCAGAGGCUCCGCCUGGAAAGCACGCCGUGUCAGAGGCCUUGGAAGAGGUGCAGGAGGAGUUGAUAGAACAUCAACCUCUGGAGCAGGAAGACCUGAACUUUGAGAAAUGGAAGCCCAAGCCCAAACCUAAGAGGACGCUCCAUGAGAAAGCAGGCGACGUGAAGACAUAUCUAUGGAACGCAGAGACCAGAGAGUUCAUGGGCCGCACUGGGCAUAGCUGGUUUCUGAUCAUCCUCUUCUACACGGCAUUGUAUGCCUUCCUGGCGGCCAUGUUUGGUGCCUGUAUGUGGUGCCUCAUGCUGUCUAUCAGCCCCUACCAUCCAACCCACAACGACAGGGUGAUGCCACCAGGUAUGACGAUGUCCCCACAACUGGAUGGGCACUAUGAGAUCGCCUUCAAUGCAUCCGACCGCAAGUCUUGGAAGAAGUAUGCAAAGCUAAUGGAAGAACAGCUAAGACCAUACAAUGACGCCGUACAGGAGCAGAGGAACAUCCAGUGUCCGCAGGACGCGUACUUCAUGCAGGAUGAACAAGGUGAAAGCGCAGAGAGGAAGGCGUGCCAGUUCAAGAGGUCCUGGCUGGGCGAGUGCUCGGGACUCCAGGACCCCCACUUUGGAUUCUCCCAGGGGAAACCCUGCAUCCUCCUCCGAAUGAACCGGAUACUGGGCUAUUUACCUGGGCAAGGCACUCCCGUAAACGUGACCUGUGGAGUCAAGAAAGGUGCGCCAGAAAGCUUAGGAGAACUUCAGUUCUUCCCAAAAAGCAUUUUCAACCUGAUGUACUACCCUUACUAUGGGAAGCUGAGACAUGUAAACUACACAGCGCCGGUGGUGGCCGUGCGUUUCAAUGGGCUGCAGUAUGACACCCACAUUGUUGUAAAAUGCAAACUCAAUGGCAAGGGCAUCAUCAAUGAUUCGCCUACCGAUCGCUUCCUAGGCAGUGUGUCCUUCUCCUUCGAUGUGGGCGCAUAGCAGUAUUCCCCAUGCUGAAUGCUGUCCCCAUGACAACCAGGAGACAAGAGAAUAUAGGAAAAAAUCUCAAUAUGUUGAAUCCUUGUUUUGCAUAAAAUAGUUGACCAGCUUCUCUCUUCUCCCAUUCCCUCAUGUACUCUUGUGCCUUUUGCUGAAAAAAGCAAUCAUUUGGAAUGUUAAUGGAUCAUAAGCACACACACACGACACAGACACCUCACCAAUAGUCUUGAGCACAAGCUAAGUAUAGAAACUGAAUAUUACCAUUGAAUACUUAGCUAGAUGAAUGCCACUAGCUAGGUUUAUGAAACACAAGGCUCAUCUCACAGGUAGUUAGUCUCUGUAGCUAUGCAAUUUAUAAUUUAAGACAUUAUUAAUAGACAUAAAUACCCACUGUACAAUAAGGAUAUAAGAGGAACAUGUUAAGCACAUUUUGAUUUUAAAUCAAAUUGUGUACUAAUUUCUUUUGAGUUUGUACCUUUCAACAGCAUAUCUAUUGUGUUUUGUAGACUCCAAGGGCUACAAUAUGAAGAAUGGUGAAGGCAGGACACUUUUACUUACACAGUAAGAUAAACAGUAAAGGACUAGGUUACAUUUCAGUAAGAUAAACAGUAAAUGACUAGGUUACAUUUCAGUAAGAUAAACAGUAAAGGACUAGGUUACAUUUCAGUAAGAUAAACAGUAAAUGACUAGGUUACAUUUCAGUAAGAUAAACAGUAAAUGACUAGGUUACAUUUCAGUAAGAUAAACAGUAAAUGACUAGGCUACAUUUCAGUAAGAUAAACAGUAAAUGACUAGGUUACAUUUCAGUAAGAUAAACAGUAAAUGACUAGGUUACAUUUCAAUAAGAUAAACAGUAAAUGACUAGGUUACAUUUCAAUAAGAUAAACAGUAAAUGACUAGGUUACAUUUCAGGUUUUGUUGUUUUUUGAUAGCUCCUUAUUCUACAUUUAUUGAUAAUAUACAUUGAGUGUACAAAACAUUAAUAUUGAGUUGCACCCGUUUGCCCUCAUAACAGCCUCAAUUUGUUGGGGCAUGGGCUCUACAAGGUGUCGAAAGCAUUCCACAGGGAUGCUGGCCCAUGUUGCUCUAAUGCUUCCCACAAUUGUGUCAAGUUGGCUGGAUGUCCUUUAGGUAGUGGACCAUUGUUGAUACACAUGGGAAACUGUUGAGCGUGAAAAACCUAGCAGCGUUGCAGUUCUUGACACAAACCGGUGUGCCUGGCACCUACUACCAUACCCUGUUCAAAGGCACUGACAUAUUUUGUCUUGCCCAUUCACCCUCUGGAUGGCCCACAUACACAAUCCAUGUCUCAAUUGUCUCAAGGCUUAAAAAUCCAUCUUUAACCUGUCUCCUCCCCUUCAUCUACACUGAUUGAAGUGGAUUUAACAAGUGACAUCAAUAAGGGAUCAUAGCUUUCACCUGGAUUUACCUGGUCAGUCUGUGUCAUGGAAAGAGCAGGUGUUCUUAAUGUUUUGUAUACUCAGUGUAUGCUGCCAUUUUGUUUUCUUUUGUAUGAACACAAGACUGCUACUGAGAUUGUAAUACUGCUGGCUGACUUUGAUCUCUAUAUUAGCUGAUGGAAAGUAAGAUCUACUGUGGAAACCAACAGAGGUCACAUUGUUGCUAAACUUGUAUGCCAGUCUUGCACGCUCUUCAUGAAAUAACAGGCUAUUUUGAUGUAGGCCUAGAAUUAAUCCUUGUUAUUGUACCUUUGCUAUGAUUCUACUAAACCUGGUAUCCAUGUAUUUAUUCUGAUAUAUACUAUAAUAAAUACAAUGUUGAUAAGAACAAUGCUUUUUUCCCCCAUAGGAAUGUAUUAUAUAUUUUUUACAUGCAACUCUUUUCUUCCGUUGAAGGUUGUCAAGCACAGUACAUUAAACAUAACUUAUUACACAUGCACAAACAAGAUAAAGUAAUGACUAUCCUUCAGCCAUCAUUCUCUGAAGGUCUACUUUGUCCAGAUAUACACUCCUCUACGUAUUUAUUUGGACAGUGAACCUAAAAUUACUCAAGCAUUUUGGAUUUGAGAUCAAUCGUUUUUUUUUAUAUGAGGCGACAGUACAGAAUGUCACCUUUAUUUGAGGGUACUUUCAUAUAUAUCGGUUUUACCGUUUAGAAAUUAAAGCACUUUAUGUAUCUAGUCCCCCCCAUUCGAUGGUGUCAUAAGUAUUUGGACAAAUUCACUUAUAGUGUAUUACAUUUAGUUAAACGUUAAGUAUUUGGUCCCAUGUUCAUAGCACGCAAUGACUACAUCAAGCGUGUGCCACUAUGUAAGCUAUUUAUGCUUCUGUAACUCUCACUCAUCAUUAUUCACGAUUCAUUCAUGAUUAUCCGUAAUCAUGGUAGCAUCCACAUUAAUGUUUAAGUGUUCAGGAACAUAUUCUAUUCUUAUUUACAAUAAAAGUGACAACAAAAUGACACAAUACAUUAUUAACCAUUCAUUUCUAUUGUGCAAAAUAUAAUCCGGACCGAAACACAACCAAAACAAACUGCAAAUGCACCCAUUGCCAUCCAACGAAUUUGAAGAGUCUUAAGCUUGAUGUACUCAUUGCGUGCUAGGAAUAUGGGACCAAACACUAAACUUUAGACAAAAUGUGAUACACUAAGGGUUGGUUUCCUGGAAACAGACUAAGCCUAGUCUUGUACUAUAAAGCACUUUUAAUGGAGAUUCUCCACAUGCUUUUUAGUCUAGUACUAGACUUAGUCUGUUUCCAGGAAACCAACUCUAUAAGUGAAUUAGUCCAAAUGCUUAUGACACCUUGAAAUAGGGGGACUAGAUAAAUAAAGUGCUUUAAUUUCUAAACGGUAAAACAGAUAUGAAAAUACCCUCAAAUAAAAGGUGACAUUCUGUACUGUCACCACAUAUAAAAUAAUUGAUCUCAAAUCCAAAAUGCUGGAGUAGAGUGCCAAAAUAAAAGUUUUAACUUCACUAUCCAAAUAAAUAAGUAGGGGUGUUUAUGUUUAAAGGCAUUGCAGAAUGAUUUAUUAAUUUUAUUCAUUAUGUUAUGGUACAAUCAAUGAUCAAAACUGCCUAAAGAUAUGAAGACUCAAGCUAAGAAAUAUUAAAAUGGUGAGCGUUAUGCCAAUUCAUAUUGUUUAAUAAAACCACUGUAGCAAAUGUUAAUAAACAUUAAAUUAUAUUGACUAAUUGAA